AUGGCCGAAGACUCGUCCCGAUUUCCCCCAAACAGCCGUCUCGGUAAUACAGACAACGGUUCAUAUGUGGGUCAUAUGUGCUACUGUCCGAACCACCUCGACCUCUCAAGACCCAGAGAGUCCGUGGCAGACUGGGUUGGGUCAGGCAAGUCUCUCCUUCCCGGCCACCCCGUCUCACUCGUGACUUUUGAGGAUGGCACGUCCACUAUAAUGUGUGAGGGCUGCGGUGCGAACGCAGUGCUUGCUGCUGCGGGCGAUCGCGAACGUGAGAAAGAAGAGCAAAUCGCUGGGACUGUUACACGCGAAGAUAUGGAGACCGCUGGCAUCUAUGAUGACUACAUAGCCACGUUUCGGGAAGCGGCCUCAAUCACAACGGGCUAUGUAGACCCCAAUGGAGAGCUGUAUCCAAGGACAAUCGACAACCCCGUCCUCAAGGUUGACAAGGACUCUCUCACCGAUGAAGCCAGUGUGGUGAGCGCUUGGGAAGAGUACAAACGACGUCAUCCGAAAGACCCAUCGCGUGAAGCAACAGCUCUGGGAAUGACCGUCCAAUAUGGACUGAUGACCAGCAGGCAUAGCGGCUGA